AUGUCCGCCGGCGUAUCAGCCGCCGCCCACUUUCAAGAAGACUGGGCCUACUUUCAAGAAGACUCGGCCCAUGUCUCCGAUAGACAGCGAAAAUUCUCGUCGGCGCCGCCGCCAGGCGGGAGCCGUGGCUCCGGCGCAAAUGGUCAAGAUGGCGAUGGUUCCUCCGACGACUCAGCGGAUGAGACGCCUCCAGCGCGUGACAGAUCCUCUUUUAAUGAGGAGAUUUAA